AUGCCACAAAUCGCGAUUCUCCGACCUAUCGCCUCCUCACGCACCUCGCAUUUCGUCCAGAGUUCCGACCCUUCAUCGAAGAAGUCGCCUUGGAUUUCUCUCGCUGCGACUCGUAUCGACUGUGACUUCGUCGAAAUCGCAAAGGGACGAUUCUGGGAUGUCGGCUUUGCGACGCGGGAAACGCUCAGGCGAUUCACAGUACGGUCGAAUCAAGCGGGCGAAUUCAACGACUGGCAUAUCGAGCGGGCACGCCUCCUUCCGCAGGGCGAGCUGCGUCUUCUCGGCGGGCGCAAGUCUGCCGGUGUGCAUCUCUCUCCCAUCUUCCCGAGUGACUUAGCGAUUCUCGACGUCGAGAUCAGCAUUUGCCCUUCAUGCUUCGACCGCUUGACCAUCGAUUCGGAAGAAACCCUCACUCACCUCUCUAUCCUCGUUCGCGCCGACGACUUCGACCUGAGCGCAUUGUACAAUCUGCGCAGCCUCACCAUCAUGUCUCGGGCGGUCUCAAUCAGCAGCGCCGGCAAUUUCUUCGCGGCUGUUUCCGCAACUCUCGCUUCGGCCGCCGAACUCGACCACCUUCAUGCCGUAGCGCUCACCUGCGGCAGCGGCGAGCGAAGCCUCUGGCCGAAGUGGAUAUCCAGAACGCCCUCGAUGCCCCUGCACACCUGCCUCCCGACGUCUCUCCUUUCUCUCGACAUCGCCGACGCACGCUUCGACUACGACGACCUCAUCCCGCUCACCAAUAAGCGCAACCUCCCUUCCCUCAGGCGCAUCAUCCUCUCAAAAGGUACUCUCGGCUCGAUGAUUUGGCCCUUCGACAAGUGCGAGCCGGAGUUGAUCAAGUCGACUGUCGAAGGACAUGCGGCGAAUCGAGGAGUGCUCGUCGAGUGGAUGGCGGAAGCGUAG